AUAGUAACCCCCCUCGCACUCGGGUCCUCAGCACAAAACUCGAAACUCGCCUUGCUAAGUUGAGAAGGUUGUUAAAUAGUCCGCUAAACUGGGCCAACUAGCUGACAGAGACGAAGCUGUCAAAAUAUAAAGGCCAAGGACUGUGACUCCCUUUUCUGAAACAUCUCCAUAGCCAGAAUUCGUCUCAGUGGAGAGGUGGGAAGCUUAGCUAGAGGAGCCAAAACCAUCCUGAGGGCUCAUAUACUCUGGCCGAGGGAUGGACGGCUGUGUGGUUCGUCUCCACAGCGUGUCCUUUAACUCCAGGGUGGAGGGCGGUUCUGAGGCCUUCACUGCCCAGCCCAUUAGGGUCAACUUCCAUCAGCUUCUGCGAACAAGCGAUGCUCCAGAGCUUCUGCCUAAGGUGAAAAAUCAGGAUGUGUUGAUGGCUGUGGUGGCGCUGCUGGAUUCAACAUUGCCUGAUGUCGGUUCUCAGGACAUCCAUGAGACUGUGCACAGCCCAAGAGCAAACACCAUUAUUCUACUACGAGACCAUGCAGAUGUGCUGGAGGAGUUUAGUGGUAGAUCUCAUCCUGACAGCCAGGGGGAACUGGUGAGUCUUAAGCUGCCUGAAGCAUCGCAGGAUCAUCAGAGUGAUUCAUACCAACUUUCUGAACUCUACAGUGAAUCUGAGGACAGCUGUGAGGAGAGCUGUGGGUCUGAGGAGACUGAUCACAGGUGGUCCUGGGAGCACUUCUGUGCAGGCGUUCCGGAGUUUCUGGCUGCAGCGAGGAAAAGGAGAGAGAUAAGAGAGGAAGCAGGAGAGGAUGGAGAGAUCCCUUCGUCUGCAGUGGGCGUGGAGUGUCUUCUCGUGGCCGCCGCAGCCUACGAGCGCAAAACACUAUUGACUGGAGAGAAGGUGCUACAGUUGUCUCUCUUGGCCACUAGGAAGCGUUACCGGCGCUGUGGGGUCGGCCGAUAUAUAAUAGAGCUGCUGAAGUCUCAGUCAGUUUGUGGAAAUUACGAUGCACUGCUGGCUCAUGCAGACUCAGACGCCAUAGAAUUCUUCUCACACUGUGGACUAAUGGAUGAUCCUCUACUCAACGACAAGUUCAGGGAGGUGAGGGAUGAAUGGGCCAACACCACUCUUAUGAGUUACUUACCACCCUUUACCACAGAACUAAAGAGCAGAAAUCCUGGUUUCUCAUUAAGUUUAGCAGGGCUGGAGGUGGAGGUGAACCUGGCGCGGAUGACGGCCCUCUCUGCAUAUCAACAGCAAGCAGUAUGCGUGACCAGACUGGUUAGGGAGGUGAAGACGCUGAGAGACCAGCUGGAGCUACAGAGAGAAGAAGUGGAUAUGCUUCACAAUGAGUUAGAGCGAGAAAAGGAAAAACGACACAAAAUAGAACAGAUGUUCCUUGAAUACAAGCUACGGAAAACCUGGCAGCUGCUGGAAGGGAGAGACUCAGACAGGGGGUCACAGACGGACAGCGGACCUACUAGCCCAGCUGAAGCAAAGCCUGAGCCAGGCCACUCUGCCUGAGCUAAGAUUACCACCAGGGGGCACCACAGCAUCACUUUGCACUAGUCACUAGUGCAGACGCAGAAUGAUUUACAAGUGAAAUUACAGAGAAGCUUCAUUUAAAUGUGCUGCUUUACAUCGUUGUAUUGGUCAUUGUAUUAAUACAGUAUUAUAAAUGAUUACAAAGUAACAAUUCCCUGCUGGGAGCGUCAAAAAACAAAAAAUCCUUCUGCAUCCUCAAAAUAAAUCACAGAAAAAAGAAAUUCCAGAGCACACCGUCUUAGGAAAGCAUGAAAAAGCCUUUAUUGAAGCAUGGCAAUAUGUAUGUGGCCUGCUCAGACCUACAUCAGAACCCAAAAAAUGGUGUCAAUACAUUUUGCUGUUUUAAUCACAUGUCCUGAAUAAUUAGUUCCUUUAAGAGGUGCAACAUUGUUUUUGAGUGGUAAAGUUAAUGUAAACUACAAAAUGUAAAUAUCUCAGUGUGUUUUACCACUAAGUGCCUUAAGGUACACAAUCUUGGGACACUUAUAACUUAUGAAAUUUGUGUAUGUAUGUGUGUAAUAUGUCCACUUUCUUUGUGGCAAACUUUUUGGUCCAGCCACAAAAGGUUGUUUCAUUUUUCGUAUGCACUGAAAAAUACAAAAACAUCUCUGUGCAAAAGUCAUAAUUCAUUUAAUUUUUAGCCAAAAUAGUUGAGUACAUAUUAA